AUGGACGACGGUUCAUGCACAGGCGUCAAAGUCAGCGACGACGGGACUCACGCGGCGUACGUGGCGCACGUGCUGUCGGAGCUGGCGACGGUUACGCCCACCACACCUAGGCUUGAGGACAUCACAACAUUCCCCGGUAACGGCGUUAGUGGCUCCGUCAUGGGCGUGGCCACGUGUUCCGAUCCUAACGAUCCCGACCUCUGCGCGAGCUGCCUCUCGGGGCUUCAGCAGUUGAUUUUCGGUUCCUGCAGUAAACGGGCCGGCGGCUACGUUGACUCCGACGAUUGCUCCAUGGGUUUCGCAACGCCAAUGGGUUAG